AUGAAUUGUGAUGUAUGUAUUGAAGAAGAAUUAAAUGGAAUGUUAUUCGUAUGGACUGCUUUGAAGAUUGUUCAUUCAGACAUCAGCAACAUCAGACAGUACACAGUUAGAGUUAGAAUGGCUACUUAUAUCGAUUUAUCAAGCCCAGAAGAGCUCUACAUGGAUCUCAUCAACCAAGUAGCUUCCAUCAAGAAGAAGAAAUCAAUCGACUUUAAUCCAGCUGAAUACCAAAGAAUGUUGGGUGAACAACGUGCUGCUGAAUUCCUUUCAAAGCUCAUCACCUCUGAAUCCGAUUUAUUGUUCAAGGAAACUGAUAAAGUUGUUCACAGAUUAGAGACGGAAGCCGUCAAUAUCAUUGCACAAAAGAUCAGAGAUGUUCUUACUUCAAAUGCAAACGAAAAGAGUCAAUUAAAGAUUAAAUUGUUGGUUAACUUGUUCAAUUCAUUCCCACCAAAGUCACCACAACGUUUUGAAGUAUUCUAUUCAUUACUCAAGCUUGCUAGCGAAUCUGGUAACAUUGAAUUCAUUAAAUCACAAUUAUCAAACCUCGAAACUUUGAUGGAAGAUUGGUCUGCCACCACUGAACAAAAGAGAAAGAUUUAUAAAUUAUUAUCAACCAUUUUCAAGGAAAAGAAUAGUAUGACAUCACAUAGUUAUUUAGUUAAAUAUUUACAAACUUUUACCAAAAAUGAUGCCGAGGAAGCUCAAGAAGAGUCGGUUCGUGCCUGUAUAGAGUCAAUCUCACUCCAAGAAUUAUAUCAAUCCGAUUAUUUAUUAGAUUUGGAAGCCAUUCGUUUCUUGGAGACUUCAAGCAACCAACAACACAAGUUAACAUACGAGUUGAUGAAGAUCUUUGCCACCGAGCAAUUGGACACCUUUAUGGCCUUCCAACAACGUAACCCAAGCUUUUUGGCUGCCAUUGGCCUAAAGUCAGAGGACAGUCUCCAAAAGAUCCGUCUCUUAUCCCUUGCCACCCUCACCUCUGAAGACAGCAAGGUUCCAUACGCUACCAUCUCAAAGAGUCUUCAAAUCGAUGAAAAUGACGUUGAAACUUGGGUUAUUAAUGCUAUUGCUGGUGAAUUAAUCGAUGCUAAAUUGGAUCAAUUAAAUCGUGUUGUUCAUGUCAAUACUUCAACUCAAAGAGUUUUCAAUAAGGCUCAAUGGGCUCAAUUAGGAUUACGUGUUGGUGCCUGGAGAAGCAGUGUAAAGAACUUACUUCAAGUUAUCGAUAAUGCCAAGAAUACUCAGAUCAAGCCAUUCUACUGGCAAUCAAGAUAA